UGGCUUGUUAAAUCUUUUUAAUUAUACAUGCGGGACGCGCCCACUUUGCUCUGGAGGGGGCAUUUAAAGCGCUUUAGUCAGCUGUUUUGUGAGCCAUGCAGCGGCUUGUGCCCCAAUUGGAAGUAUGUGUGCCUCCUGUGAUCCAUCCCCAAGUAUCCCUCUAUGGCAUGCCACAGACCCUGCUCCCAGAACCCUGGAUGCUGAUUAAUAGCAACACUGCAAUGGAAGAAAUAUUUGGAUCUGAGCUUCCUGAAUCUAUAUCCUGCACUGAGAGAAUGUAUGGUGCAAAUACAGUCAGUGUCGGUGUUGAUACAGAACUCGACCUUCAGGAAUUUGACCGCUCAGAUUUCAGAAUGACUACAUCUCAUGAUGCUGCAGCCAGAUAUGAGAUGGAUCAAGCCACACUGCAGAGACGACAGAAACAAAUCUACUAUGGGAAGAACACUGUUGGUUAUCAAUGCUACCUACAACAGGUGCCCAAGACUGAAAGAAAGCCAGGGGUUCGCCCUCGAACCCCUAACAAAUGUAGGAAAUACAGUCGCCGCUCCUGGGACACGCAAAUAAAACUUUGGAGACGUGCUUUACAUGCUUGGGAUCCUCCUUCACAAAAAUCAUUUCAGGAGGAGCAUUCGUUUAAUCCAACGCAAAGACUACUGGAGUCUUGGCUACAGGAUAGCAAAUCAUUGCAAAAGCAAGACAUCGACUGGCUUGGUUUACAGCUCUCUACCCUGCACAACUUGGACUACUGUGAAGGCCAGAUGCAAAAUUCUUUUGAUUGGCUGCAGUUUCGUGAUCACACAAAUGACUACACCUAUCCACACUGGUUAGGCUUGUAAAUGAUACAACUAUAGAGAUGACGCAUCUUUUCUGAAUCUCAAUUGCUGUGCUCAAUACUUUAACAUAUUCAAAAAUUAGUUUCAUAAUUAAAGCCACAGGCUCUUAAGGAGCUCCCUGGAAGACAGGGUCAUCUUCUAGUUUGGCUGCAUACCUUUCACUACUGUAGUUUGUCUCCUUCCAAAAAAUAAAUGGCUUGGUGCAUUUUCUUAACUUUUUAUUUCUAAAUGUCUCUCAGUACUCUCAUUUGGGUUGAAAUGAUUUCCUUGGCACAGAUGCAUUUUUUUUUUUUUUUUUAAACUGGUAUUCUAAAUGUCUGUCUCUGUAUUUUUUUUGUUUAGGUUAAAAUUAUUUCCUUUACACAGUGAGAUUUUUCCCAUCUCUCUAAUAACGGAGUUUAGCACUAUAAUGUGCUUUAUUUGCACUAUAUCUCAAAUGGCUUGAGGAUUGCUAACUAUGUACCAGUCUUAAUUUGCUUAUCCUACAUUUGUCCUUCAAGUAUAUGGGGAAAACUGAGCUUUAAUAGAGCUACACCAUCACUCAAUUGUGUCGUUUGGUUGGAAACUAGUGUGCACUAAGAAAUCGCUAGUAUAGGUGCACAAAUUCCACAAUCAAGUUUUUAGUGUUUAAUGUGUUGGCAAUUUAAUUUGUAUAUGAAUUUUUAAAUAAAUAAUUUUAUUGUAAUGCUCUUUGUAUUCAAUUUUUACAUUAAUAUUUAUGUAGAGGCCAGCCUCAUUUAGUACGCAUGAUGCUGCUCUGCAUUAUAACGAGUGCUGCAAUCUGGGUUUUACUGGGUGCUACUAGAAAUGGUGGGGGCAGGUUUAUAGUGCAAUAAAGGUUACAGGAGUGGGGCAGGCAAAAAGUCAGAAUAGCUGUGUGCCAGGAACAGUUUAAACUUCUACACAGUAGUACUCUGCAAAUUUCUGAAGUAUACCAAAUACUAUAUCAUGAUGGCAUGAAUGAAAACCUUCUCCUUAGUUGCUGCAAGACUGGUGGCCGAGGGGUUAUUGGAGGCGUAGAUCCUUCCACAGCCAUAUACCACUGGCGGGAUACAGUUGGCUCCCACAGAUCGUUCCUUGGCUUUUAUCAGAGUGUGGCCUCGUCUUUUCAACCGAUGCACACCUGUCAGAGACUGGACAGAGUUCCCAAUCACUUUGAAUAGAGGAUAUUUAUAAAGUUUUCUUACCUUACCAACAACUGCAAAUACCCCUGUGUGAUAUCACUCUAGUUUGGAGAAAGGAAGGAGACUCUGAGUAAUUUACUCCUCCUGUUAAAGAAAAAAAAAAGUGUAAUUUUCUAAACUUAGUCUCCCUCACUAAAUAUUACAUAACUGUUUUUAGUUAUUUAACUCCUUCCCUGGCAAGU